CCUCCCCGGGUUUCCGCCCAUUCCUCCACAGUUGAUUCUUUAGGACUGUAUUGUCAUGCAAAUAGAGGACGCGUAAAAUAUUCCCCCAGAGCGCAGCGCAGGGCAGAGACUCACACGGACCGCGCGGAGGACACAGACCGGGGCCCCACGGUGGAUUUGUAUCGUUUUCGUCGCUACGGACCCGUCCAUCUGUCACAGAGCACAUGAGCAGAGAUCUAUAGCCGGGACGUGCAGCUGGGGAACAGGUCGGACAGUUUAAGGAAAAGCUGCGGAGGCUGCCCUGUGGAGAUAGUGGUCAUACUUCCCCGAGUAAAGCCGGAGGUGCCUCUCUUCUCCAUCCCCAGCUACAGGCUACCUGCUGCUGCUUCAGGAGGGGAGUUACAUCUACAGACUUCUGGAUCGCUUUCCAGCUCCUUUUUUAUGUUUAGGGGAUUUUAGGAUCUCUCAGAUAUUAACUUUUUUUGCACACCGAGUGUGUUAUUUCAUCUCUUGUCCUUUUUGGGAUAUACACAGUGCUUCUAUUCCCGUUUUAGACUUUAAAGUGCCUUAAUAACUGGUUGUAUUCCAGUCUUACUGUGGCACUGUCACCAGACCAGAGACGCUCAACAGGGAGAAGACGAUCGUUAUCAGCUUUAGAGCCCGGGCAGGAUUACUGGUCCCCCCCUACCACCCCUCCAGUGAGCUGCAACCAUGAGCCAGGCGGAUGUGUCGACUUGCUCCGCGCCGCAGAGGGUUUUCCAGGAGGCGGUGAAGAAUGGGAACACCAAGGAGCUGCACUCUUUGCUGCAGAACAUGACAAACUGCGAGUUCAACGUCAACUCGUUCGGGCCUGAAGGACAAACGGCCCUGCACCAGUCCGUCAUUGACGGCAACCUGGAGCUGGUAAAACUGCUGGUGAAGUUUGGCGCAGAUAUCCGGCUGGCCAACAGGGAAGGGUGGAGCGCUUUACACAUCGCCGCCUUCGGGGGCCACCAAGACAUUGUGCUAUACCUCAUCACCAAGGCCAAGUACUCCUCUGGGGCCCGGUGAUCUGUCUCUGCUGUCAGGUAAAAAUCAGAAAACAAGUGGAAAAUCAAACUGCAACACACGGAAAGCCAGGCUCUUGUGAAAGCAAAACUGUCUACAUAGUUGUGCCAAAUUUAAGAAAUCAAAUAGGCCUGCACAAUAUUUCAAUGUAACCAAACAGGGCUCUCCGUGCGCUCUGGAGACAAGCACCACAUGCUGCAUAGCUGCAACACGAAUCUUCCACUAAAAAGCAACGCCAUUUCGGUGAGUUUUGUUGGUACUAAAGCUUUCCUCUUGAAUGUGUCUCCUAGAUCCACUCUAAAAGAAGCCAGCAUGUGCAUCACAUGUGCAUGUUUGGACUCCAGAGAGCAGAUGGCCCAGUUUUAUUUUGAAAUCCUCCCAUCCCUUUAAAGUACAGUUGUAUUAUGCUCCUCAUUGUUCACUUGUAAACCCUUUUUAAGUUAUUUUAUGGAAAAAUAACAGCACUUGAUGCUUGUGUGGCUGCAUGCUGGAAUAUCUGAAAGGGAAGACAUGAACAAGAGCAGGAGUUUUGCCCUCUGUUGGCUAGCAGAGGUGUCAAUUCUUUAAUAAAUCCACUCAAAGAGCAGCAUUAUGGCUAUCCAACACGCUUUCAAGAUGUGUAAUCAUUAUGUAACAACAACCAUCAUUGUUGUGAAGUACUGUACACACAAUAGCUUUACUUUGUUUCUGUUUUAUUUUGAAAAGAAAAGGGACAGUAGCUGAAUGCUCUCUGUGUUGAUGUUGCCAUGCUGGCGUCCAACUCUUUCAGGCCAGUGUGACCACUGUUUUUGGUCAAUAUUGUGUUAUUUUGAAAAGAAAAAACCGCUGCUUCCGCUUUGUAUCAAACAAAAGUUGCAUUUUUUUAAAAAAUCACUUUAUAAUCUCCUUUCAGUAUUUUAUGAACAUCCUAGUCAUCACUGUGAAAGCGGGCUGGGUUUUUUUUUUUUAUUUAUGAAGGUACAUUGAGAAGAUGCAUUUUUUAAUAUGUUGUGGUUCUUCUUUUAAAAAAUCUUUAAGUGUAAGAGGGUGACUCAAGCUGCUUCAGACUCGUAGUAUAAACUGUCCCGUGUGGAGGUAUCUGCCACCCAGAAUCCCCCAGCCUGUUGACCCCUCAAGAGGACCCCCCCACUUUCCUCCCUCCUCCUUCCCAUUUAAAGGACUUUGUUUGGUUGCCUUUUGCCAGCUACCUCGACUAUAAAGUAUUCUCAAGUUCAGCUCCGAGUCUCACAAUUUGUCUGUGACCAUCCUUUUUAUUUUUGGACUUCAGAAGAUGCCACUCGUGCAUCCACAGUCGGGACAGUUUAUUCUACACAACAACCAAACCAAUCCUGACAAGCAAAGCAUUUUUUUCUGCAAGGGACUAUUUUUUCUUUCCUUUAAUGCAUAUCUUAUACCCCUUCUUCAUUCUUCAUCCUUUUUUUUUCUACAGUCAUAAAAAUGGAAUUGUAUGGCAUGACUAAAAAAAGCAGGGAGUUUUAUUGCACAAAAAUGUGGAGCCUUGUGCGCCCCAUGCGUUUAACUGGGGCAACAGCAGGAGCUUUGGAAUAGUUACUACUACUGAGCAGGACCCUAAUACUGUUGGAUGAUGAAGACUUCAAAAUAAACAACACAUGGCUGUUGCAGGAUGUCAAAAAAGAGGAAAAAAUUGGGUUCACAAAGUUUCCUGCUGCGUUUUUAUAAGUCAUGGCACCCUUAUGUUUGUAUCAAUGCUGCUUGUUUUUAAUUUUUUGUUAUUAUUAAUGUGUUUUUCCUCUUUUUUUUUAAUACAAAUCCUACUGCUCAAAUGACCAACAGUUGUGUAGGUUCGCCUCAUGAGAAGCAAGUGAGAAAGUUUUUGUGUGUGUGUGCAUGUGUGCUUCUCAUCCAGACUGAUAGCUUCCAUUAUUCCCUACCCUGGAACAACCACGAAUAACUGAAGGGAUAGAUCCAACACAUCAAAUUGGUAUCAGGCAACAAAUGAAAUAUGCAUCGCUUGUCUUAAACUUGAUGUUUCUUUUUCCUCUUUUUUGUUAUUUUUGUUUGAAUAUUGCACUGAUGACUGUUGUUGAAAGUUGGCUUUUAUGCGCCAACAUUUUAAUUUUUUCUGAAUAGAAAAAAAGAAACAAACACAACAAAAUACUAUUGUAUAAAUAUAUGCUCCAGGUGAUGAUGUCCUAAUGUGUGUGAUACUUUGUGGGAAAAACAUUGUGUUUUUUUUGACAAAGAUGCGUGUAUCUCUGUGAUUGGGUGUAUGUAUAUAUACAUAUGGAUAUAUAUAUCGAUGCUGAUGAUGAUGAUGAUGAUGAUGAUAUCUUGGGGCACUUUCUUUUCUGAAGUGCUGUCUUCCUGUUUUCUUUUAAAGGGGAAUAAUACAUUUGAUGGUAAGAUCAUUGUAACGUGAUUAAAAAUAAAUUGCACGGUUGUGUGGUUGUUGGGCUUACAAGGUCAUAACAUUUAUGACGUAAAGGAGCCGGCCGCCGGAUUGGUGUACAUGAGUGAGAUGUUUUUAAAAAGUGCUGACUUCUUUGGACCAAGUUGUGUUUCUGGUCUUGCUUCAUUUCAAGCGAGAGGAAACAGCUGAUAUUUUCAAGAGUGAUGCAGAUGUUCCAUCGUUUUGUUUGUAUUCUUUUUAUUUUAAUUUUGUAACACUGUGAUGAUGACGUGAUGUCAUGUGGAGAUGAGUGCUGUAUUAUUUUUGUACGUUUGUGUACAAGCCAGUAAAGAAAUCAUUAAACUCAAA